AUGAGCACAGGUCUAACCAAGUGCUCCAGCGACACCAGCGCUGAUGAAACCAGAUUUACUACCUGUUACUCGGACAGAGCUUUGACGGAUCGGAUGACACCAUGGCGCUUUGAAGGAAAAGUGUCACUGGAUCCCUCCGGCGGUGCGGCUGUGGCCUGUUUCCUCUUCAGGACUCCCAGCGUGAACAACCAGGGCGUGAAACUCAACCUCACACUGACCACUGCUUCACAUUAA